GAUCCCGCUCGUGAACGGGCUCUUUUUUCAAACCUCGGGAAAUAUCCACCGCCGGCAUCUCGCCAUGUGCCGAGGACUCGAACUGCUGCCGAUCGCCUGCCUAGAGAGGGCCAAAGAGCUGAAAGCUCUGUUUGGGAGUUUGCUGCACAAGUCGGAUCACGGCAUCCCUGUGCAGCCCCAUAAAAGUGAGACUCAGCGUGUUGACGAGCGGCUAAAAUGGAAGGAGUCAUUUGAGAAAUUGCUGUCGAGUCAAAAUGGUUUGUGUCUAUUCAGAGCUUUUCUGGUGUCGGAAGUCAGUGAGGAAAAUAUUGCCUUCUACUUAGCGUGCGAAGACUACAGGACGACUGAACCCUCGAAAAUGUCCGUAAAGGCCAAGCAAAUCUUCGAGGAGUUCAUCAGCACCGAUGCACCCCGAGAGGUAAAUCUCGAUCACGUGACGAAAGCCAUCACCGGCGAGAACAUCGAGCAUCCCACCCAGUCGUGUUUUGAUCUGGCCCAGGCCAAAAUUUAUACUCUGAUGGAAAAAGACUGCUACCCUCGUUUCCUCAAGUCCUUGAGCCAGCAGAGCGGACAAGACCGGCGAAGCGACUUUAUCGAGAGCUGCGCAGCCGGCGGCCGGCAGAUGUGAUCCUUCCGCCGGAGGAAAUUUGUAAGCUAUUGACGCCGAGGCGAAAGCGAUACGCGAUACCUGAGCCGAGGGGUCGCGCGGCAGGUUCAGCGGACUGGAGUCCCAGCUGAAGGACGGCGAGCUGGGAGGACGCGCGGCGAGCCGCUCGUGAGGAGACGUGUGACGCGAAGUCCUCGCGCAAGCCUGACGGACGCACUGCCACUCCGCUUGAAAACAAUGUCGUGUUGCUGUAUUCAUUUAUUUAUUCUCUUUCAACUGAAUGUGUAUUGAUAAUGGCAAAAAAUGGAAUAUUUGCUUUCUA